CUCCCCCGCUGCCGCCCUGGAGGCCUCCCGGUGCCCUCUCCUUCCCACGAGCCGGCCCCACGCCAUCUCCCCAUUACUUAUCGACGUUUACGUGGGGCAGAGACGCGGCUCCCAAACUCCGGGACACCGGUGCGCGCCCGGCAGCCCCCAUCCCCAUCCACCCCCGCCGGAAGCACCAUUCUCACCUCCCACCUGGCGCCGACCUCACUUCCUCACUUCCUGCGGCCGCUUCCGCCUCCGGGCCGUGCCGGCUUCUGCCGCCGCUGCCGCCGCCGCCGCUACCGCUGCUCGGAGGCCGGAGGGCGCCCGCCGGGCGGACAGAACAUCACAGUUGUACCAGUUUGGGAGCAAAAUAUGGAAUGUGUUUCACUGCUGACCGAAGGCAGCCAAAUGAACAGUAUUUAUAGUAGUUUGAAAAUCAGCAGUUAGCAGUUUCUUCACAUUCUAACACUACCCAGCACUUUCCAGAGAGAACUCAUUGUUUACAAGAAAUCUGCUUUCCAAAUCCGUUGCGGUGCCCUCCAGCCUUGCCUAUUAACUAUUUGAAAAGGGGAAGCUAAUCUACAGUUUAGGGAAAGAUGGCAAUGGAUGAGUACCUGUGGAUGGUCAUUGUGGGUUUUAUCAUUGCUUUUAUUUUAGCCUUUUCUGUUGGUGCAAAUGAUGUUGCCAAUUCUUUUGGAACGGCUGUGGGCUCUGGUGUUGUUACUUUACGCCAGGCUUGCAUUUUGGCUUCGGUGUUUGAAACCACUGGCUCAGUAUUACUGGGAGCAAAAGUAGGAGAAACAAUUCGGAAAGGUAUCAUUGACGUUAACCUGUACAACAACACUGUCCCACUGCUGAUGGCAGGAGAAGUGAGUGCAAUGGUUGGUUCUGCUGUUUGGCAGCUGAUUGCAUCAUUCUUGAAACUCCCGAUAUCGGGAACCCAUUGCAUCGUCGGUGCUACAAUUGGAUUUUCUCUGGUGGCCAUUGGCACGCAGGGAGUCCAGUGGAUGCAGCUUGUUAAGAUUGUUGCCUCUUGGUUUAUUUCCCCACUGUUAUCUGGCUUGAUGUCUGGAAUCCUCUUUGUGCUGAUUAGAUUCUUCAUUUUAAACAAGGAAGACCCUGUGCCCAACGGUCUCCGUGCACUUCCGGUGUUUUAUGCUGCUACCAUAGCUAUUAACGUGUUUUCCAUCAUGUACACGGGGGCACCAGUACUGGGACUGGUCCUGCCAAUGUGGGCCAUUGCUCUGAUAUCAUUUGGUGUAUCCUUAGUAUUUGCUGUCUUAGUCUGGAUUUUUGUGUGUCCCUGGAUGAAGAGAAAAAUAGAAAGCCGGUUAAAGAAAGAUGCUGCACUGUCAAGGAUAUCAGAUGAAAGUCUUGAUAAAAUUCAAGAUGAAGAAACACCAGUCUUUAAAGAGCUUCCUGGUGCUAAAGCAUCUGAUGAGAGCACGAUUCCCCUCACUGGCUCAGGAACAGAAGCUGCUGGGGCAUCAGAUACUAUUGCAAAUGGAAACCAUCCACGUGUACCGUAUGGAAGGGCAUUUUCAGUGACACACACCUCAGUGAAAUCACCUGUUUCCAACGGUACCUUCAGCUUCGAUGGCCAGGUACGGAGCGACGGCCACGUUUAUCACACUGUGCACAAGGACUCAGGUUUAUACAAAGACUUGCUCCACAAAAUACACCUGGACAGGGCCACCGACGAGAGGCCCGCUCAAGAAAACAACUACAAACUGUUACGACGCAACAACAGUUACACAUGUUACACAGCUGCUAUUUGUGGCAUGCCUGUGCAUUCCUCCUUUAAGGCAGCAGAUGCGUCGGCUCCAGAGGACAGUGAGAAGUUAGUGGGAGACACUGUUUCCUACUCCAAGAAGCGAGUUCGCUAUGACAGCUACUCCAGCUAUUGCAAUGCAGUGGCUGAGGCAGAGAUUGAGGCAGAGGAAGGUGGGGUGGAAAUGAAGUUGGCCUCUGAACUCGCAGAUCCUAACCGGCCACCGGUUGAUCCUGUAGAAGAGGAUAAGGAAGAGAAAGACACAUCUCAGGUCCAUCUGCUUUUCCACUUCCUCCAGAUCUUAACAGCCUGCUUUGGAUCCUUUGCCCAUGGAGGUAAUGAUGUCAGCAAUGCAAUCGGUCCUCUCGUUGCACUCUGGCUGAUCUACGAGCAAGGUGGUGUAAUGCAAGAAGCAUCAACUCCUGUCUGGCUGCUGUUUUACGGAGGUGUUGGGAUCUGUGUGGGUCUCUGGGUCUGGGGCAGAAGAGUUAUCCAGACCAUGGGUAAAGACCUCACUCCUAUCACACCAUCAAGGCCAGUUUUGAGAAGCCCCCUGGUCCCUAUGGAAAGCAGGUGUGCCUGGAAAAGCAGCUGGAACUGCCCAAGGUCUCUGGUUCGAAUAAUUUUCUGAAUGCCUGACUCCUUCCACUCACACUUCUCAUGGAUUCCUGGUGAUCUCUGUCAUCGAAAUUGCAUGUGGCAUGUCUUUUGCACUCAUAGGCUUAUCAAGGUAAAGCUGACAAGUUCUCUCUUCUCAGCCUCUGCCUCUGCAUGACAACCUGGAAUAAGUUGUGGCUGCCUCCAGGCAGACGAGGAGUACUGUUUCCUUCAAGAGCAGAGACACUUUGUUACACUGAUACAGUGCCUGUCACAGAGUGCUGGGGUGAAGUGCUGCUCAAAAUACACCAGAAGGAAUGGGAACCACACAAGACAUGGUGAUGAAAGGGAGGAACUUCAGGCCAGACCCAAGCCCUGCAAAGAGCUUAGUCACCUUAUGGGGACAGCUGCAUGCCUUCAGUUCAGUGGACAAGCUUUGGGUAGUAGACAAAGGUGAAUACGCCCGGUUUUCCUAGGUCACAGUCAUGUUCAGUGUCUACCUGCUUUCCUGACAGUUUAGGUAGCAUACUGUGAAGACUUUCUUACAGAAAUCUGUGCUUGGAAUCUUUGAGACAGCAUUUCUUCAAGAGCUACAUUGCAUAAAUUUUGGCUAAAACCUUUCUACUGAUUUGGGUUAUUGUUUCUAAGCACUGCAGAAAGAGGUUAAAAGCUAUAUGAAUUUACGGGGUGUUCUCUUCCAUAAAAACCUGUCCUUCCUAUCCCAUCUUCAUCCCAAAUAAUGUUCAUUAAGGCAGAGUUCCCUCUCAUUUAUGAAGGCUGAAGUAAACGCUCUCUUAGAUAUCAUUUGAAGAAAAUUUCCUGGAGCCACUGAGUAUUAUGACAAAGACUUCUUACUUGUUUCCUUCAUUCUUUCAUUUUGGGUAGUUUACAUCAAAGCAAUGGAAAGAUACUUCCUUUGUUACGGAAAACUACUUCAGAUUCCCUUCACAUAGUAAUGUGUAGAGACAAAAAGUAUUAAUUUGUAAUAUUAACAAAUGUGAGAUAAAGCACAGAUGGUGUUGAUAAAAAACACAACUACUAGGAUAAGCAGAAAGAGUAGAAAUAAAGGAGGUAGAAAGGGCAUGCUGACAAUACCAAAAUAGCUUUCAAAGAUCAAAAGGUUGUGACUGAGACAGAUGAAUAAUGGUAGACAUAGAAGCUGCUGACACAAAAACAGAAAAGAAAUGAUGGCUGCAGAGAUGACAGUGGCCCUUUCCUGAAUUCACUGUCUUUCAUGGCCUCUGUUAGAGCAGAUUCAUCUUGCGAGCUGCUGCUUUUAUUCUCAUAGAUACAGGGCAGAGGUGGCCUGUGACUUUUUGGGUGAGGGCAUACGGAGGGCAGUUGCACAGCAAAGCAGGCAGACUUUCUUCUGCCCUACACUGUCCUCCAACCCAGCAGGGCAUUCACUCUUCGUCUGCUCAGGCAAUUUCAGAAGUAGUACUCAAGGAUUAAAUUUCCACUUAAUUUAAUUGAGAAAGGCUGUUGGGCUUUACUGCUAUCAUUGUUUAGCAGUUAUUUUUCCUGAAGCUGCAAUUAUCACUGCCAAUGCAAUUCAGCAGGUAAUGGAGGAAGUCAGGACAGUAUAUGCUUCAAAUCCUCUCAGGUGCUACCUAACCAUGACACUUAUCUGAGAGGCUUCCACUCUGAAACGUUUUAACUUCCAAGCCUGGUGAUUUUCAUUUGUCAGUAAUAAAAAUCUUAAUAUGAAGACCUAAUAAAUGUUUAAAUAGAUUCUUCAUUAAGUGUCAUCAUUUCUGCUUGGAUAGGGUUAAUUUUCUUCCUGGUAGCUGAAGCAGGGCUGUGUUUUGGUUUAUGAUGAAAAGAAUGUUGAUAAUACAGGGAUGUUUUGGUUAUUGCUGAGCAUUGUUUGCACAGCACCAAGGCCUUUUCUGCCUCUCCCCCUACCCUGCCAGUGAGUGGGCUGGGGGUGAAAAGGAAGCUGAGAGGGAGCGUGGCCAAGAUAGCUGGCUGAAACUAGCCACAGGGCUAGUCCAUGCCAUAGACUGUCAUGCCUAGUACAUAAACUGAGGGGAGCAGUA